AUGACCUCAAAUCAUUCUCAAUCAUCUCACGGAUUCUUCACAGUAGACCAACCUAACUUUCCACCACCAUUACUUUAUCCUCAAUUCGCAGAACCCACCAUCUAUUUACCAACUUCUGAACCACCGAUUCGUUCAAACUUAUCAACUAUCUCUAAUUUCAAUCAUCAUCAAGAGUUUAAUGAAUCUUCUCAAAAUCAUCCGUCUUCAUUACUUCUUAAUUCACUUUCGACACUUGGAAAAGAUGGCGAUGUUAAGUCGGUUAGAAAGGAAUUGUGUAUUGUUUUUGAAGAAGUGGAAGAUUUGAUUCAUGAGACGGAUGUGGUGUUUAGUAGUAUAUUAAAGAAUUUAUUAACAAGAUUUGAAAAAUUGAUUAAUGAGAUCUCGUUAAGUGGAUUUGGUGGAUUACCCAUCGAUUCACUUUAUAAUCUUCAUACACUACUCGAUUCUAAAGAACGAGAAGUUCAAGAGCUUUAUGUCGAACGACAAAAAAGACGUGAUGGAUCGAAUAUCGUGAUGGGAAUCUUACAGUCUUCGAAUAAUUCUAAUGGGAAUACUAAUCCACCGGCUGUCUUGGUCACUGGAGACUCUGGUGUGGCUCAACGAUCGAGGACGAAACUGACCUCAGACAAAUCGCAAGCAUACAUUCGUGUUUAG